AAAGAAAAAAGGAAAAAACAACUUCCCAUCUCAUUAUACAUUCCCUUUGUCAUUCUCUCUCUUGCUCUCUCUAGCAUCACACCAGGUGAGGGAAAAAAGGAGGAGGAUCUGAUGUACUUGCCGGUGGAUCUUAAUUAUAGAAAAGAUCAUGAUGGCCCUUGAAAAUAAAGAAACUAUGCAGAACUGCGAGGCAGCCUUAAAAUGCCUCCAGACCAAGGGGUUCCCGUACAACCUGCAAUGUACGGGGAAUUCAAUUGAAGGCCUUCCAGAGCUUAAAGAUGGAAUCGGUGUUCACCCAGGUGGGGAUGUUGUAGAACCAGUUUGCUCAUUGAGUGGGGAGUUUAUGGAACUUCCAAGCGAGUUUUACCACAAACCUACCCUCCAGCAUGAGUAUGGCUCAUGGCCGACCUUCUAUCCUGACUCUCAUAAGUUGCAGCCAUACCCAAUGAAUGCUUUUGGGAGCCAAUUUUACCACUUUCCUGUGGAUAACCGAUUUCAUUAUUCCCCAUUCAAUGUGAUCACUCAUGGAUAUCCUUAUGAAUUCCAGCUCCAAGAUUUUCAGUACUUUGUGGUCAUAGACUUUGAGGCUACCUGUGACAAGGAGAAAAAUCCCCAUCCACAGGAGAUAAUUGAGUUUCCAUCUGUCAUUGUGAGUAGUGUUACUGGCCAGCUGGAAGCAUGCUUUCAGACAUAUGUACGACCAACUUGCAAUCAACUCCUGAGUGAUUUCUGCAAGGAUCUGACUGGCAUCCAGCAAAUUCAGGUGGAUAGAGGUGUUACUCUGAGUGAGGCUCUCCUUAGGCAUGAUAAAUGGCUUGAGAAGAAGGGCAUAAAGAACACCAACUUUGCUGUGGUGACAUGGUCAAACUGGGAUUGUCGCGUAAUGCUGGAAUCUGAGUGCAGAUUCAAGAAGAUCCGGAAGCCUCCUUACUUUAACCGGUGGAUCAACUUAAAAGUUCCUUUCAGUGAGGUUUUCGGUGGCGUGAGGUGCAACUUGAAGGAGGCUGUUGAGAUGGCAGGCCUGGCAUGGCAGGGGCGUGCCCAUUGUGGCCUCGAUGAUGCCAAAAACACGGCACGCUUACUUGCCCUCUUGAUGCACAAGGGUUUUAAAUUCUCUAUCACAAACUCACUGAUGUGGCAGACUAGUGAUGGUCCAUUGACAUGGAACCCGAUCCCGGAGAACAUGGCCUUCUCUCCACAUCAUCCCCACAAGCCUAAGGAUCAGCAAAUGCCCCUAUUCCAGUACCACCCAUACUGUUUCUGUGGGGUGAAAAGUAGCAAAGGAAUGGUUCGGAAGCCUGGGCCGAAGCAAGGGAGCGUGUUCUUUGGCUGUGGAAACUGGACUGUCGCCAGAGGUGCCCGCUGCCACUACUUUGAGUGGGCGUCUCCCUGACUUGAAUUUGCAAGGGCUUGUCCAUCUUUCAUGAUGGCAUCUUAAACCCUUCUUAGAUGUCUUGUAAAAAGGAAAAAAAAAAAAAAGAGGCUAAAAAGGAGAAUGCUAGUGGGUUGUCUCCUUGUUGAAGCAUAUACACCUUAAGUUGCUUAACUGCUAGGUGAGGCUUCUGCGUGUUAGGAAACACAUAUUAGCACUUGGCACGGGAGCUCAGGAGCGUGCACAGGUGCAGAAAAACAACGGUCUUCCAAGUAAUGGGAGCUUCAACCUGUAAAGCUGACUUGUUGACAGGAGAACAAAUCGGGAAUGUGAGGAUUGGCUAGUUAGGAUGAUGCAUUUACAUGCUUAAACAUGCUAAGUUAUCGUAAUAAUCUUUAUGAGAUAGGGACACCGUGGUUUCCUAUGCGUUUCUAAUGGGAAUGAGCACUGUUGCUUUGCACCUUA